AGUUUUGUAUGGUACAUGGAGCCAAGGGCGUUUCCUGUCACAUCAAAAGUGGACGAUAGAAUACUGUGUGGUUGCCCUUGCCUACCAGUGCCUGGGAUACGUGUUCAACUGGGUCACAAAAGCUAUCGUUUCAAUAUAUAUGUCCACCCUGCAUUUAAUGUCAAAUAUAUUCCCAUUGUAAUACAUUUGGCAGCAAUGGCUAGUGGAAGGAUAAUAGCAAUUCUUGCAAUAAUAUUUCUUAUCACUUUCCUUGGGCUGGCUUCAACAGAAGAGCUUUCUGCACAAGAUUUUCCACCAGGAUUUAUUUUUGGUGUUGGCUCUGCUGCUUAUCAGUAUGAAGGUGCUGCAGCAGAAGAUGGUCGAAAGCCUAGCAUUUGGGACACCUUUGUUCAUAUUAAAGGGAAUACCAUGGACGGAGGCACUGGAGAUGUUGCCGUGGAUCAAUACCAUCGUUACAAGGAAGAUGUUGGGUUAAUGUCCAAAAUGGGAGUAGAUGGCUACAGAUUUUCCAUAUCAUGGUCAAGGAUCAUUCCUGAUGGCACUGAACCCAUAAAUCCAAAAGGCAUUGAAUACUACAAUAAUCUCAUCAAUGAGCUUCUUGCUCAUGGCAUCCAGCCACAUGUUACAUUGUACCACUUUGAUCUGCCUCAAUCUUUGGAAGAUGCUUAUGGGGGUUUCAUCAGCUCCAAUAUUGUGGAAGACUUCGUGGCUUAUGCAGACAUAUGCUUCAGAGAAUUUGGGGAUAGAGUUAAGUACUGGUCAACUUUCAAUGAACCCAAUAUAUUUGCAUUUGCAGGCUAUGACGAUGGUCACUUCCCUCCUCAACGUUGUUCAUACCCAUUUGGAAAUUGUACUUCUGGAAACUCCACUGUUGAGCCAUACAUUGUUGGCCAUAAUGUAUUGUUGGCACAUGCUACUGCCGUGGAGUUGUAUAGGGAAAAAUAUCAGGCAAAGCAAAAAGGUUGGAUUGGUUUUGUUGUUCUUAUGAAUUGGGCCUCACCCCUUACCAAUAAAUCCACAGAUAUAGCUGCAACUCAAAGAUACUUUGAUUUUGAAGUGGGCUGGUUCUUAGACCCAAUUUUUCAUGGAGACUAUCCAGUGGGCAUGAGGAAUAUAGUAGGUUCUCGAUUGCCCUCGUUUACAAUGGAUCAAGUUCGAAAGAUACAGGGGUCAUUGGAUUUUAUUGGAAUCAAUCACUAUUUUUCUCUUUACUGCUAUGAUGCUCCAAGGAAAGGGGGCUCUAACAUAAGAGACUAUUUUCAAGAUAUGUCCGUAGGAACUUCAUAUUCAGCGAAGCGAAAUGGAACUCCAAUCAACAGUCGUACAUCGUUAUUCGGUAUACCAGUUUCACCAGAGGCUAUACAGUCAGUACUGGAAUAUGUCAAGUGCAAGUAUCAUAAUCCUCCUGUGAUUUUGUAUGAAAAUGGAUUUGCAGAACCUAAUAAUGAUUCUAUUCCACUUCCUAAAGCUUUGAACGAUCAGAACAGGAUUGACCUCCAUCUCGAUGUGCUUAAAUAUGUGCUUGCAGCAAUAAGGAAUGGUUCAGACACACGUGGGUACUUCAUAUGGGCUCUGCUAGAUAACUUUGAAGCUCUGUGCAGUUACACAUGGCGUUUUGGUCUUCAUUAUGUAGACUUCAAUAACUUGAAGCGCUACCCCAAAUUCUCUGCUCGAUGGUACAAGACAUUUCUGCACAAGAGGAAUAAUAAGAGACCAAAUUCUGAGACAAAUGUCUUGCUCAGUACCUUAAAUAUCACUCACGUCUCUGCAGAAGUGUGUCUUUCCUGCAUUCAUAACACAAUGGCUAUGAUAAUGGUGAUGAUGAAAAUUUCAAUAAUAACAUUGCAAAUGUUGGUAUCUUCAACACAAGAACUUUCUCCAAACGAUUUUCCACCUGGUUUCAUUUUCGGUGUUGGCUCUUCUGCUUAUCAGUAUGAAGGUGCAGCAGCAGAAGAUGGUCGAAAGCCUAGUAUUUGGGACACCUUUGUUCAUAUUAAAGGGAAUACCGUGGACGGAAGCACUGGAGAUGUUGCUGUGGAUCAAUACCAUCGUUAUAAGGAAGAUGUUGAGCUAAUGUCCAAAAUGGGAGUAGAUGGAUAUAAAUUAUCUAUCUCCUGGUCAAGGCUCAUUCCUGAUGGAAAUGGACCCAUCAAUCCUAAAGGCCUCCAAUAUUACAAUAACCUCAUCAAUGAGCUUGUUGCUCAAGGAAUUCAACCACAUGUUAUACUCAACCACUUUGAUCUGCCUCAAGCUUUGGAAGAUGCUUAUGAGGGUUUCAUCAGUCCACAGAUUGUAAAAGACUUCACGGCUUAUGCAGACAUAUGCUUCAGAGAAUUUGGCGAUAGGGUGAAAUUCUGGUCAACUUUCAAUGAACCCAAUGUACUUUCAAUUGCAGGAUACGACAUGGGUGGUUUUGCUCCUCAACGCUGUUCCUACCCUUUUGGAAAUUGUACUGCCGGAAACUCCACUGUUGAGCCAUAUAUUGUUGCCCAUAAUGUAUUGAUAGCACAUGCAGCUGCUGUGGAGCUGUACAGGGAAAAGUAUCAGGGAAAGCAAAAAGGUUGCAUUGGUUUGGCUCUUCUCAUGCAAUGGGCAAUACCCCUUACCAAUAAGUCUACAGAUAUAGCUGCAGCUGAAAGACACAAUGAUUUUAGUAUGGGCUGGUUCUUAGACCCAAUUGCUCAUGGAGACUAUCCAGUGAGCAUGAGGAAGAUAGCAGGUUCUCGCUUGCCCUUGUUUACAGAGGAGCAAAUUCAAAAGAUUCAGGGAUCAUUGGAUUUUAUUGGUAUCAAUUACUAUUUUUCCUUUUACUGCUAUGAUGUUCCAAACAGAGGGGUGUCCAAGCUAAGAGACUAUAUUCAGGAUAUGUCUGUUGGGUAUGCAGAGAAGCAAGAAGAGUUUACCAUUAACAAUAUGGGUAUUCAGGCAGUUCUGGAAUACAUCAAGAACAAAUAUCAUAACCCUCCUGUGAUUGUGUAUGAAAAUGGAAUUUCUGGAAAUGGAUCUAUGACACUUCCUCAAGCUUUGAGUGACCAAUACAGAGUUAACUUCCAUCUUGAUGUGCUUAAAUAUGUACUUGCAGCAAUAAGGAAUGGAUCAAACAUAAAUGGAUACUUCAUCUGGUCUCUGCUAGAUGAUUUUGAAGUCUUUGGUGGCUACACUAUAAGUUUUGGCCUUCAUCAUGUGGACUUCAAUGACAACUUGAAGCGUUACCCCAAGCUUUCUGCUCAAUGGUACAAGACUUUUCUGCAAACCAGGGGAAAUAAGAAACCAUUUUCUGACGCAAAAUCAUCUCUUCUCAAUAACUUCAACGUCACCACCAUCUCCUUAGAAUAAGAAGCUUUUCAAAGAAAGUAAUGUGCAACAUUAGUCAUAUAUUUCUAGCAUAAUUUAGCUACUUUUUAUCAUAUUCGACAAGGAAAGUAAAUGAUGCCUAUGUAUAUAGUUUAAGUAGUUAUAACAGUUAGAAGUGCUAUUAAAUGGCCCAUGGGUAUAUAUAUAUAUAUAUAUAUAU